AUGACGAAUAUGAAACCUGUGCUUCUACUAUUUCCAAAAACUCUACUCAAAACAUUUUCUGAUAUCAAUGAACUUCCAUUGUCUUAUCGACAUCUUACUAAAGGAAGACAAUUUACUGUGGGUGAUCACAAACUACGAGCUCGACAUCAAAAUGAAUCUGAGGCUGAAUUUUAUUGCUUUCAAAAGAGUACUAAUGGAAAUGAAGCUCAUUUAAUUUCAUCAUCAGUAGAAACUUACUCAUUAGUUCAAGAUAUUGAACCACCUACAGAUUGUACACCAAAAAAAGUAACGUUUCGACCAGAAUUUCCAAAACAAUUAAAACUUCGUUGUUUACCAUUUGGUUCAGACGAGCCGAAACUUGUUAUCAACAAAUCAACAUCAAAAAAGAAAAGAAAACGUUUAGCUGAAUAA